AUGGAGAGAGUCCUUGUUGUUGGUGCCACAGGAAAUAUUGGCGUUUCUGUUGUUAUUGGAGCCUUGAAGGCAAAUCGAGAAGUCCUUGCUAUUGUUCGCAACCAAGUUGCUGCGGAAAAGCUUUACCACCACGCUGGAACAAGAACAGGAAUCACGACAGUGGAAGCAGAUGUAACCACCGAGAAUGGCGUGCAAAAUGUCGUUGACCGCGUGAGGGCGGGCGAAUUUCCCGCUUUCCAACAUGUUUACGUGUCAGUCGGAGCUUUCAACCCUCAAACGCCUAUUUACAAGGUGGAAUUUGACUACUACCGGGAGACAAUGAGAAUCAAUAGCGAAUGCGCCUUUUAUGCAUACCGCGCAACCAUUCCAUUCCUUGUCGAACAGGGGGACGCGAAUGCUACUUGGACGCUAGUCACUGGUGGUGCUGGGAACCAAGGUAUCGGUGGCGUCACGGGAAUCUCGCAAGGUGCCUUGUACUCACUAGCAGCUGUUGCUUGCCGCGAACUACAAAAAACCAACAUACGCUUCAAUGAAGCAUAUCUGGACUACCGGGUCGAGUAUGACGAGAAUUGCGAGGGAGAGGUCAACAAGUGGAAAAUGAAGGCAUCGGAUUAUGCAAGGAUCUAUGAACAGAUCCUGACUCACAAAGAUAUCAAUGCAUGCAGGGUGAUUACGGAGUCUCCGAGAGACGUCCAGACGAUCAGAUAUGAGAAGAAGUUGGCAGGACUGAAUACAGCAAACUCUUGGGGUCAAUAA